AAUCAUGGCUAAAAAGACGCCUACUAUCCUGCCCGAGUUUCACGGCGAGACGGACGACUGGAAUGUGUAUCAAGAGAUACUGGACGAGUUCUUCCGGGCCAAUGGGAUCGCAGGAAAGGAUCGUGUUCCGGUGCUGAUCAGUGUGAUCGGUAAGUCGACGUACGGAACGCUGCGCAGUCUCUGCCAUCCGAAGGCAGCCAAAGACAUGAGCUACGAGGAGCUGUGCAGUGCGCUGGCUCGUCAGUUUAUACCGGAGAUUGCCAUCUUUCGGCACCGGGCACAGUUUUAUCGGGCCGAGCAACAGCGUGGCGAAAGUGUGAAGGAGUGGUAUGCCCGUCUAAAGUCGUUGUCGAUGGAGUGUAAGUUUGAUUCCGCCCUGCUGGAACCGUUGAUGAUCGAUCGGUUCGUGAUAGGGCUGCUGCCUGGACCGGUGAAGAAUCGGCUGCACGAGGAGCCGGCGGAAAAGCUAACGAAUAUUGACGACGUGGUUACGCUGGCAGCAUCGAAGGAAGCGGACCUAACGGUGGAGAAUGGUGGUGGUGAGGAUAUAGUCCAAGGUUUCGCUGGUUUGGCGAUUGAUGAUGCGAGACAUUGCGGUAAACGAUAUCGGCGAUACAGAAAGCAUUUGCAUCAGCUCGAGCGAGAGCAUGGAUGGAAGGUUGGGCAUGGUCGACAUGAUCGUCACCGUCAUCAUCGACAUGGACGCCAUCGGCAUCACCAGUCGGAUUCGGAUUCUGCCCCGGAACAUCAUCAUGGACACCGUGGACCUCAUGGGCAUCAUGGACAUCAUGGACACCAUGGACACCAUGGACACCAUGGACAUCAUGGACAUCAUGGACAUAUGAAGCACCCGGGUGGUUUUUUCGGACCACCAGCCUUUGGACCGGGGCCGUGGAGUGCUGCUCACCAUAGGCGCGAACUAUCGGCCCGUCACUUUGGACCGAUGGCCGCACCAUGGAUGGGUGGACGCAUUGGAAAAGGUCACCCAUUCAGUGUACCUGGCUGUCCCGCCGGUAUGAUGGAAGGCUUGGGUCGUCAAGGGCGCCCAUGUGGAAAGUGGCGCAAGCGACAUCAUCAUCGUCGAAGCUCAUCUUCGAGCAGCGGCACUAGCAGUGAUUCCAGCACAAGCUCAUCUAGUUCACCGUCGAACUCCGAUUCAGAAGCCCCAACAGAUGAGGAGAUGGAGAAACAGGUACGAAAGUAUCUACGUCGUAAGUUGAACCCGUACUUCCUCAAGCGACAUGGUGGCCGUGGACGACAUCAUCACCAUCAUCGGCACCAUCAUCACGAAGAAGAUACUCAACAAAUGGGUGAACAUGGAAAGCGUGGUUGCCGAAGAAAUCGCAAGCAGCAAGAUGAACCGAGUGCGCCAGCCCAAGUGGAGGAAGUUUCACUCAACGAUCCGACGACGGAUCCGGAGCUGAUCGAGUGA